AUGCCUAGGAUGGCCCUCCAAAGGCAAGAAAACAGCCGGGCGAUAAUCGGCGGGUCAGUAACAGGGCUUCCAGCGGUGGAGGAAGACGGGGCAGAUCCGGAAAGCAAUGACAACGACAGCGACAACGACGAGCUAGGACCACCACCAGCGGUUCAUCCCGGGCACUUGACUCGUCCGGGACGCACACAGGAAAGGGACGACAACAACAACAACAACGAGCAAAGACCGCAACAAGUGAAUUUUCGGGGACACCUACCUGCUCAGGGGCGGACAGAGGGAAGCAACAACAACACCAGCAACAACACCAACAACCACAACAACGUCCAGUCAAGACCUCAAACAAUGAAUCAUCGCGGCCCCGCGUCUGCCCCGAGUCGCACGCAGAAGUCACGCCGGGAUAGCUUGCGCAACGAUGUUUCCCGGGGCGCUGGGGGGGCCGCGGAGGGGUCCUGGACGUGGACGGAGGGGGGUACACAUAAUCUUGUCGGCCGCGGGAGGGGUAGCGCUGGGGGCGGUAGCCGUGCUGGUGGGUCGGACCGUGCUGGUGGGUCGAACCGUGGUGGUUGGUCGAACCGUGGCGGUGGCGGCUGGGGUGGGCAGAGUGAUUGUGGUGGCGGGGGUGGUGGAGGGAGAGGUGGCGGUGGUGGUGGUGCUCGAGAAGUCCCGGACAGGAGCUGGGAACGCUUCCGGGAGCUGGUGUUCCCGGACGAUAUGGAGCAGGCGUACCGGGAAACGGGGAAUUGGAACGAGCUCUUCCAAUCGGCGCUGGAUCUCCCGGAAGAAACUCCCGACCAAUGCUACAGGAAGUGGGAGCGCCUGACCACGGUUAACCGGGACUUCAAGGCGACCGCGGUUACCUACGGGAAAACCAUCAUCUCCGAGUACUUCCUGGAAACCGAGCACAAGAGUAUCAGGCUCAAGGAGCUUGGGGGGGUAGCAGGAGGGAUGAAGUUCGUGUGGCGAGGGAUUCUGUUCAAGCUCGCGGAUGGGUCGAAGGGGCCCUACCUCGGAAACGACGAAGCUGCCGCAAAAGGAGCCGGGCACGACUUGAGAGGCGCGACACAUUACCUGGCCACGCGCAUUCGCGGGCUGCGGUACGCGCUCCAGUGCCUCAUCGACUACAAGGGCUUCCGAAUGACGGCACAGGCCGUGCUUCCGGUGAACAAGGAAUCCCUUCGCUACGGGUCCUCCAACGGAGGCAAGACUGUCCACAACGAGGAUGAAAGCCUGGCCAAGAAGCUCAAGGCCGCGGCAAAGAAGCUCAACCUUCGCACGCACAGGGUCAAUGAUAAGGACAUGUACUCGGCGUGCGACAUCGAAGGACACGUCGGUGAAGGCGAUAGCCACUACCUGCUCGACUUCGCCCGGACCUUCCCACCGGAGAGCCCGAAAAAGGUGGAGCACCUGUCGGACAUCCUCAGCGACAUGACCCCCGUGUAUGUUCACAUCGGCGACCCCCCCGAGAAAGGCAUCAUCUUGUCCGUGACUGUCCCGUUAGACAUGCACAACCUGGCGAGAAAGUACAUUAUGUACCAGGUCCAGCUCGACUCAUCCAACGAAGUCAUCGAAGUCUGCGGGGACAAGGUGUCGGACCGUCACCAGUCCGUUUACUGGAGAAUGCUCCGGCCUGAGUUCGUCAAGGGUGACUCGGAGACAAUGGCGGUGGUGGUGGAAGCGGCAGCAGCACCGGCGGCCGCCGCAGCACAAGCACCGCAAGAGCUGGACCCCGCCCCCGCUGCCGCGCCGACCCUGCCGAUCGGCUUCCCCUCCAAGAUCUCCGAAAGGCCCGAAGAAGAGAGCGGGGCCUCAUCCGGGGCAACAACGGUCUCUUCGACGGGAGCGGCGCUGCCGAUGACGGCGGCCUUCCGCCCGUUGGCGGCAAGCGGUCCUCAGGACGGGCAAGGACCCGCCGCAGACGCCGCCGCAGACGCCGCCGCAGACGCCGCCGCUGACACCGGCGGUAGGGCUUGCGGACCGGUUGAACACGGAGACGAGGCGCCGCCUCCGCUCAACCCUCUGCCCGGCGGGCACUAUGAGCACGGGUUCUUGGACGAUUCUGACCGGAGCGUGGACGUGCGCGGGAACGGCGACGAACACGCCGCCCCGACCGGCUGGAACGCCCCCUUCAUCCCGGGCGCCGCCACGAGCGGCGAGGGCGCGGCCGCCGACAGCGCCGGCCCACCAAGUGGAAGCCCUGCCCCCACCGCUGCUGCCGCAGCGUCAAGUCUCACAUUCCGCCGCAAAGUACCGCAGACUCCUCCGCUCCGCGGGACCCCCGGCAGGAGGACGCAAGGAGGAGGCGGAAGGGGGGGAGGGGGGGGGGGGGGCCACUGGCCCGGGAGGGGCAUGCCCGGGAGGGAGGGGGACCGGGACCCCACCACGGGGGGUUAA